AUGAAAAGUAUAUAAAAUUAUGAAUAAUUCAAAUAAGUCAAAUAGAAUCCUUUAAAUAAUUCAAAAAGUAAAUAGUUAUACAGUUUUACAAAAUCUCCAAGAUUUAAUUAUAAUGGAUAAAGAGAGUAAAUAUUUUUAAAAGUAUAAGUAAUUCACCUUCAUUUUAUUCAAUAAAAACUGAUAUAGCUUCUCCAAAUAAAGGAGUGUCAUUUGGAUCUGGUUCAAAAGUAGAUUUUUCUAAGUUAGGAACAAAAACACCAGGUCCUGGACAUUAUUAACUAUAAUACUAAAAGACUAAUUAGAUUGUUAAUUUAAAAAAACAUACUAUGGGAACUGGUAGAAUAUAAACAAAACUAAAGACGGAAGUACCACCUGUUGGAAUUUAUGAGAUUAGUAAUAGUAUGGUUUAAAUUAAUAAAGCACCUCAUUUUGGAUUGAAAUUAUUACCAAGUAUAUGAUUAUAAUUAGAUUAGAGAAUGAAACAUGUUCUCCUGGACCUGGAAAAUAUGAUAUUUAAAUAAAAGAACAUUCUAAAUCAUUUAUUUCUGGAUUUGGUUCUGGAAGAUAAGGUUUUAUAAUAGAUGAAACACCUGGACCUUAAGAAUAUAAACCAAAAAGUGACAUGUCUCCAAAAUAUAUAAAUUCUAAUUGGAAUAAUUGUCAAAUAACUAAGUUUUCAAAAGUGAAACGUUUUGGAAGUAAUGAAACUAUUACACCUGGACCUGGAAAAUAUUAAAUAGCAGGAGAAUUUGGAAUAUACUGAUUU